AUGGAUGGGUGUGAACCUAUUUCACUUCAGAGCUGUAGCGAUUCUUCGUUGCUUUCAUCCUCCGAAUCGGAUGAUUCAGAAUCGGAAGGACUUGAGAAAUCCCGUGCAUCGCUUACUCAGAAAAUUCCAGCUAGCAGAAGUAGUAGCAGCAGCAGUGAUGAUGAUUAUAAUGAAAAUGAUGUGAGGAGCAGCGAUAGUGGUGAUGAUGAUGAUUUACAAGGUUCUUUCUUUUUUUUUGCAAUUCACUUUUUUGAUACUGCUGGUGUAAACUGGUGCAUGGCAGUACUCGGAUGGUUCUGGCUGCUCCUAAUUUUGUUCUUUAUAUAUGUAUAUAUAUUUAUUAUGCGUUUCGUGCUGUGUAAUAGCAGUACAAAACGCAUAUUGUCACGGGGUUGUCUGUGUGUGUGUUUGUGUGUUCUUGUCCGCAACUUUCAACUCGGGAACCACAAAAGCUAG